UCUCAUGAAAAACCAUAAACCCUAAACCCUAAAAAAUCAUCACACACGUACCUCACAAAGUUACAAACAAUUAAACAAACAAACGCUAGCUACAUCUUCUCUCUUUGUCUACAUAAUAUGAUGAUGGCGAGCCGAAGACACGCGGCGAACUCGAUGGCGGGCACAGUACGGCUGUUCACCACUGCAAGCGCUACCAAUAAGUCUCUGAUGGCUGCUGCCGGUCAUCUUCUUCCUCUGAAUUAUCUUCAUAGCGGUUGUGGUGGUGCCCUAGUCCGGAGUGCUAGCACCAGUGCUGCAACUGUCGACGUGGCUGCAGAGGGUCAUAACACUACGGCCCCUUCAACUGCUGGCCACGGCGGUGGUAAGGAUGAUGAGAAGGGGAUCACCAGCUACUGGGGUGUGGGACCCACCAAAGUCACCAAUCAAGAUGGAACCGAAUGGAAGUGGACUUGCUUUAGGCCAUGGGAGACGUACAAAGCGGACGUCUCGAUAGAUCUGAAGAAGCAUCACGUGCCAACGACUUUGUUGGACAGAAUGGCUUACUGGACCGUCAAAUCUCUCCGAUGGCCUACUGAUCUAUUCUUCCAGAGGCGGUAUGGGUGCCGAGCAAUGAUGCUAGAAACAGUGGCAGCAGUUCCCGGAAUGGUAGGAGGGAUGUUGCUGCACUGCAAGUCCCUACGGCGGUUCGAGCACAGCGGAGGGUGGAUCAAAGCUCUGCUGGAAGAAGCCGAGAACGAGCGAAUGCACCUCAUGACAUUCAUGGAAGUAGCCAACCCUAAGUGGUACGAGCGUGCCCUCGUCUUUGCGGUUCAAGGCGUCUUCUUCAACGCCUACUUCGUAGGGUAUAUGGCUUCCCCGAAAUUCGCUCAUCGAAUGGUUGGGUACCUUGAGGAGGAAGCAAUCCACUCGUACACUGAGUUCCUCAAGGAGCUGGAUAAAGGGAACAUAGAGAAUGUGCCAGCUCCGGCGAUUGCCAUUGAUUACUGGCAGCUGCCACCUGACUCGACUCUGAGAGACGUUGUCACGGUUGUUAGGGCGGAUGAGGCACACCACCGCGAUGUCAAUCACUUUGCAUCGGAUAUACACUACAAGGGACAGCAACUGAGGGAAUCACCAGCUCCAAUUGGUUAUCACUGAUGAAAUUGCACUGUUUUGCUUUAUUACAAUGAACAACUUCAGAAUCCCAAAUUUCACAUGAAAAUGUAGUAUCAAGAUGCACUUCUCCAAUCGACACUCUGUACCGCAAAGUUCAGACAUUUUUUAUUUACUAGUUUGGAAUUGGUAAAUGCAAAUGAGUUGGAUGAA